AUGGCGACCGAAUACAUGUUUAAGUCGCUUAAGGCAUAUCUAAAAAGAGCGCCAUCGCUUAAAGGAGCAGCAUUAGUGAAAUUAUCUGCUUUAAGAGUUCAGUCGGAUUUAUGGAGUGGCUUCACAAAUAUCUCUCUGUUAACAUCAAGACUUCAAUCUGUUGAAAUAUCAUCUGAUAAUUGGAUCGAAAAUGUGCUUAACAUAUAUAAACGAAAGUUUAUCACUCCACUGCAGACACAGUAUAAUUCGGAACCGCAUCAAACGUGGGCUUAUCCGACAGUUUCAAAAACAUUUUAUGACACUCUAAGUCAUUCCAUAGUGAUACCACUAUCUGUAAUUCUAAGACCCUAUUUUGCUGAGCAGUUACCACCAUAUCUUCAAUACGCCUCUGUUGGAGUCGUUAUAGCAAAAGAAAUUCUUCGCUCUAUAACAAAAUCCUUUGAAGAAAAGGCUAUGCGCUGCGUGCCUAAAUCCGUCAAUAUAUUCUCCAACUAUAGUCGGAUGGACAUUUUAAUACAUUCAGGUGGAAUGCAAAUUUCUUAUCAUUCUAUGCUAUCACUAACAGGACCAACAAAAGGGAUGCCUCGAUUACCUGGAUUAAAUUUAACACCAACACAGGUUUUCUUUCUGGUCUCUGCACAGGAGCUGUGUGCAGAGUCACAGUAUGCAGGAAUUGACACGGAUGCCGCUGAUUUCGAAAAUAUAUUAGGAUGGUUAGUAGCUCAAGGAGGAAGUGCAUCUGAAGUUUACCGAUGUCCUGUUGGUUCGAUGAUAAACGCUCAAAAAACAUGUAAUGUAUUAUAA